AUGUGGAGCAAUCUACCGUUUGAUCUUCUAGAAAACAUAUUCACUUACCUACCGCCGGACUCUCUGGCCCGGGCCAAGGCCGCCUGCCGGAGCUGGCAUGUAGCCGCCGAGUCCGUAUCCACCUCCGCCGUGACCCACCGCCACUCGCCGUGGUUCCUGGCCUUGCCGACGCAGAGCUGGAGCCUCCCUUGCUACCUCCACAACCCAAUUGCCGACACCUGGCACUCAUUACCUCUUGAUGCCACUGCAAACGCCGUUAAACCCAUCGCCGCCGUCGGCGGCCUCCUACUUUCGAAAUUCGCUAGCUCAACUUCGCUUCAGCUUGCCAUUGUCAAUCCUCUCACCAAGCAAUUAAGAGCCCUACCGGCGUUGAAAGUGCCGAGGACAAAUCCCGCUGUUGGAAUCGUGGAGAGCUGCUCAAACCAAACCGCCGGCUUCAAAAUCUACAUCGCCGGCGGGAUGUCCGCGGCGAAGAUCGGCGGCGGCGCGGCCUACCAGCAGACCGUGGAAGUCUACGAUUCCUCGACCGGAGGCUGGGAAACGAUCGGAAAAAUGCCGUUCGAGAUAGCGGUGAGGCUAACCGUCUGGACCCCGAACGAGAGCGUCCCCUCGAACGGGACGCUGUACUGGAUGACGUCAGCUCGGGCUUACAGCGUGGUGGGGCUAGACGUCUCCACCUGCGCCUGGCGGGAGCUGAGCGUCCCCAUGGCCGAUGAGCUCGUAUUUGCGGCCCUGGUGCCGAGGAACGGGAAAGUGGCGUUGGCCGGCGGCACGUGCGGCGGGGACGGCGGCGUGUGGGAGCUCAGAGACGACGAGGGGUGGAGUAUGAUUGGAAAAGUGCCGAUCGAGUUGGGUGUUCGGCUUUUGGGGGUAAGAGCAAAUUGGGGGCGCGUGAAGUGCGUGGGGGUUGAAGGGGCUGUUUGUUUGUAUAGAGAUUUGGGAUCAGGGAUGAUUGUUUGUAGGGACGCGUUUGGGGAUGGAGAUUGGGAGUGGGAUUGGAUUGACGGCUGUUGUUCAAUUGGAGGCCGGCAAAUUGGGAAUUUUCCGGUCAGAGGGUUCUUUAUUUAUCCCAACCUUAAUCGUGAUGGGUUUUAG